AACAGCUUACUUUUACAGCCCCACAAUUCUUUACAGACUGACUGCAGCUCCUCUCUGUAGCUGCUGCCCUGCAAUGUUCCGAGGAAACCUCCACCUCAGUUACCUCCACCACCUCAGCCCUUCCCUUCUUCACUCUGCUACCGAGUGCAUUUAUGAUAAAAUUGUGCCCCUGUCCUGGCCAGACCUGCCUACAACAACCAUCUAUCAUCCUCCCUGGACGCAUGUGCUCCCCUCACUACACGCAGAACCUGGCCUCGCCUGUCACAACUCUGGCAAACGGAUGACACCAGAAGUCUCAAGAGACGCAGCCGUGCUCUUGAGGGAACAUGGUGUAAACCUAACUCCCUGAAAGACUUUACCCUCUACAAAUCCGCUCUUCUCAAAUA